AUGUCUACUAAACAACUGUCAAAGGGAAGAUCAGUUACCGAUUUAAUCGCCGGUGGUACUGCUGGUUUAUUUGAAGCAUUGGUAUGCCACCCAUUGGAUACCAUUAAAGUGAGAAUGCAAUUGUACCGUAAGUCUGGGCAAAAACCACCGGGCUUUAUUAGAACCGGUAUUAACAUUGCUCAAAAGGAAACCUUUUUAUCUUUAUAUAAGGGUUUAGGUGCGGUUGUUAUUGGUAUUGUUCCAAAGAUGGCAUUACGUUUCUCGUCUUAUGAAUUCUAUAGAGAUCUCUUGCGAGGUCCAGAUGGUUCCAUUACCUCUGGUAAAACUUUUCUUGCUGGUGUUGGUGCUGGUAUCACUGAAGCUGUGAUGGUGGUUAAUCCUAUGGAAGUUGUCAAAAUUAGAUUACAAGCUCAACAUCACUCAAUGGCAGAUCCCUUGGAUGUUCCAAAGUAUAGAAACGCUCCUCAUGCUGCUUUUCUCAUUGUUAAAGAAGAAGGUUUUAAGACCUUAUACCGUGGUGUAUCAUUAACUGCUGCCAGACAAGCAACUAACCAAGGUGUUAACUUUACUGUUUACUCUAAGUUGAGAGAAGAAUUGCAAAAAAGACAAGGUACUGAAACCUUACCUGGCUGGCAAACAUCUUGUAUUGGUUUAAUUUCUGGUGCCUUGGGACCUCUUUCUAAUGCUCCUUUGGAUACUAUUAAGACUAGGUUGCAAAAGACUACCUUUGCUAAUAACGAAAAUGGUUUGGUCAGAAUCAUGAAAAUUGGUAAGCAAUUGAUUAAGGAAGAUGGUGUUCAUGCUUUGUAUAAGGGUAUAACCCCAAGAAUCAUGAGAGUUGCUCCAGGCCAAGCUGUUACUUUCACCGUCUAUGAAUUCAUGAAGGGUGUUUUGGCUCCUGCUCCAAAGACAGAGCAAGUUGCUGCUUCCAAGUUGAAUUAG